AUGGAUUUAAGAACCUUCCUUCGAAACAACGCCAAUCUGAAGUCCCGACCCAGACGAAGAAGACAUAGUAUUGCAGAUGUCCGCUUCCUACACACCCUCCAAGAUAUUCCGGAGAAACCCGAAGAGGAACACGUGGCUGACGAACGACGACACUCAACUGGAAGCUUUGCAAAAACAGAAAAGCCGCGAUCUUCAAGCGAACCUCCAAACCCUCCAUGCUGUAAUGAAAGCGGCAUCCGACCUGCUACGAUUGUGAAUGAGACAGAAACAAAUUCAUUUGAAACCGCUCGUUCUAAGCGAUCUCUUUCUCGUGAGGAAAGCGAAGAUUUGAUAGAGGCCGUGUCCAACUACGUUUUGUCGUACACAGAUGACCAAGAAAAUCUUUGUAGUGUUAACAAUCUGUCUCCCACGUCUACUGGGUCUUCUUCCCCCCAAGAGAGUUCUAAAGAAACUAGUGACGAAGAGUUGGCUCUGUCUGACAUUCUUCGCAAGGUCGACACACCUAUGGUAUCUCAACGAUUAAGACGAGGGAGCAUGAAAGAUCUAGAAGUGAUGGAACGAAUCACUUCCUUGACUCCCAUAACUGAGAGCAGCCGGUCUAGUAGUCGUGCGAGUAGAUCGUCUAGCCAGAAUGGCUUGGAAAUAUUUCCAGACAUUAACGAUGGUAAUGAAGGGACAAAUGAUGGGUUGCACUGCCCAACCCCAAAGACUGCCGGAAGAAAAGAAGAAAUGCUUGGGAAGAUUCUUGUAUCUCCUCAUAUAACGAGAAGGGGGUCUUUGAGUGAUCUUCUGAAGUCAUUAUCACCAAACUUUGAUACAAGAAAAGAAAAUGGUCUGCAACGAAUGGGUAAAGAUGAAGAGCUCAGGCCAGAGUAUAUUUCACUAAAUGCAGAGACCCAAAUGAAAGAUCAGUCUAGAUCACUUUUUCCGGUGAACUCCGGAAAAUAUUCCCCAAAAGUGUCUGUAAAUGAGAAGCACUCUAGCGUGAAAAUUACAGAUGCAUUGGGUAAAGCAAAUAAUUCGCCAGUAUCACUGAAAAGAAGGACUUCCGGAGACCUUCUUAACUCACUGUCCUCAAUUGCUGACCGUGUAUCAUUUAAAGCUAGCGAUACAAAAAAGUCUUUAGGAUCUGAAGCUAAAAAAGAGAAGCACGAAGUCAGCAGUGUAAAUAAAGAAAAAGACGACUUAUUCGGUAGAAUAAUGAAGAGUCCGUGUCUCACCAGGAGAGGCUCCAUUGGAGACGUGCUAAACACGUUGACACCCAACCCCGUCAGGAGGUGUCCGUCGCCAUCUCCUCUGACUAUCAAAUGCGAUACACAUGACGAACUGGUGCUGAAGACCCAGCCUGUUUCCCCGGAGAUGCCAAAGUUGAAAGAUGCUGAGAGGGCAACCUGUGAGCCUGGUGUCGGAAAAGGUCUUUUGGCAAUCGUCCAGCAACAUGUGAUGAAUCAUAGUCAGGCCAUACAGCGAAGGAGAAGUAACUCCAUUGCCUCCACAGAACCCCACACUGGAACCAUGGAAACAGUCCUAAAAAAGUGGAAUGAGGACAGGAACCGCGCAGCUAACAACGAGUCUUUCGUCGGUAAGACAUCUGACAAAGACUCUUCACAAAAGGGAGACAUUGUCAUUAACACCACCUCCUCCUCUAUGACUGCAACAAAAAACAGCAUGAUAAAAGAGAACAACGGCAGUGGUACUGUGACUUCCACAAAUACCUCUAAACACAUUCACGACAACAACAACAAAUCUGCAAAUACAAACCAAUGCAAUAGUGCAAAUAACACUGAAGUACUUAAUCCUCAGACACACAAUCCACAAGAAAACAUAAGUGAAGAAAACAAGGCCAACGUCGACCACGAAACAACUUCUUCCGUUCCCAGGCAGCUGGUGCUAGUAGGCAGCCCGAACAAACAUGUUCCUCAGGGGAAUUCAGAGCAAGAUGUUCCUUCAGCAAAGACACCAAAUAGAAAGAUAAGCGCUCCACUUCCACCAAGAAGCGUUGACGCCUACCACGUUCCCAAGAGAAAGUCCAGUGUGAACGUGAUGAAACGUUCGCCUGUUACUGUUGUGAUUUCAAAGGAUAAAGCCGGGAAAACAGAAGUGCAUAGAAAAGUGUCGCAGUUUCAAAUUCCUAGCGGUGUAAACUUAACCGAUUCGCAAUUCCUUCCACUGAGUAAAGAGGAAGCCGAAGACUAUAACAGGAUAAAAAACGCAGAGGAAAGCGCAUUACCCAGGAAAAAUUCGACCGUUACAAUGAGCUCAAAAGUCACAGUUCACGGCGGAAGUGGCGCAGUUGUGCGUAAAGUAGGAGUUGCCUCAAAGCGACCUGUUCUUGAUGCCUCUCUUCCAACUGAGGAGAGAUUUGCGGCACUCAGCGAGAGAUAUGCCAACUUAAAGGCCAAAAUUGGAGGGAAUGAUGACAAGAAGAAGUCCACAGAGUCCUCCCCCAAUCUAGUAGAGAAGAAUGAUAGUGGUCCAUCUACUGAGGACACAUUAACCCAGUCGAAAUGCUGGACGACGGUUGAAAGUAUUCCAGUUCAAGUAUAUGUUGAUCAAGUAUUUCAAAAUCCUCGUGACUUCACAGAGGCUGAAACCAAAGAGACGUUGAGUGGCAAAAACAAAUCUCCAGAGUCUUGCCCCAAACCUGAUGGGGAGAGUGAUUCUGGUCCAUAUACGGAAGACACGUUAAUCCAGUCAAAAUGCUGGACAACUGUUGAAAAUAUUACGGUUCAAGAAUAUGUUGAUCGCAUAUCUGACAAACCACGUGACUUAACAGAGGCUAAAAAGCAGGUGACUCUGACUGGAAACGAUGAAGACAAGCAGACAAAAAAUGGCGAGAAACAUGACAUCUAUAAGAGCCACAUGGCAACUAAUAGUAAUGACUUCGACAAUGUAAUAAGCUGCAUAAAUGAUAGCGAAAAGAAAGCUUCCAUCGACCUGAACAAUAACAGCAAGCCCAGUGUCCCUGAGACGCAGGUUGAGGAAGGUUCCUGUUUGAUCGACGGUAAGACACCUCUUGACUUACGACCGGAAACUCCAACGCAAAAGACAAGGACAAGUGUCGUUGCAAAGCUGAUGAACAGAAAAAUGAAGCCAAGAAGAAAACAAAGCAUAGUGCCAUAUGUGGUGAAACGAAGAUCAAGGGUUUAUACUAAGGAAUGUUCGGGACAUGAGGGUAUUCCAGCUUCUGUGGCAGAGUUUGAGAAGAUCAGAACCUUUGUGGAAAACACAGUGCUUCGUGCCCCAGUGCGACAAGAGGUAGGUGAAAAUAUCCAAAAGUAACAGUGAUUUCAGAGGAAGUUGACGAUAAGUGGAACAUGUGUAAGGCUGAUGUCUUUUUUUCAGUGAUAUUAAUUAUUGUUUGCCCUAGACACCUUGGAAAUAUUAACUAAAACAUUGAGAGAUUGAUUUUGAUAGGAAAAUUGAUUCUCUUGAGGGGAGGAAGGAAACAAACAAAUGAAAAUAAGCUGAGAAAAUUGUGACACAAGUCAAUUUUUUACUUUUGGCAGGCUUCAAACAUCCUAGAUUUGUUGACUGGAUUGUCGACCUGUUUGACUGAAAUAGAGUUAAUCGCCAUUUGUAAAGAGUGUUCCAAGACCUUACGGACGUUGGACGCGCUAGGAAGUUUGCGUAAGUGUUAAAAUGUUGGUUUUUUUGUUGGUUUUUUUUUUGCCUAGCUUAAAUAACCUUAGCAAGAUAAGAGAGACAGUGUUCACUUCAAACAGGCCACAGCAAAAGAACAUAGCACUUUGGACCAAGCCGAAACGUCGGCACGUGGCAUGUAUAGUUAAUUGCGCAAGAGGUUACGUAGAUAAACGCUCUCUGAUCGGUUGAUGAUUACACCACACCUUGGGAGGUGAUUUUGAUUCUGAAGCACUCAGGCAGUUGCACUAAUAGGCACUUAGGGAAUUUUAUUGCACAAUUAUCGUCCUCAGGUUCAACGAAUAAUGUCAAAUGAAAGUUACAUAUUAUUUAGAAUACAUGAUUUUAUGACAGAAAGUAAAAUUAGACCCAAAAAUCUUGAGUUUUCUUUGACAAACAUUCAAAAUCGCACGGGCGUCCCUUUUUUUUUAUUUUUAUCUUGUAGCAACGUAUCUCUCCUUGGAGACGGUUAUCAUAAACCCAAGCGGAACUAUCAAGUUCAAGCAUCUAAGCACAGGUUUGUUAACUAAAAACCGUCAUUAUUGAAGCAUAUUCCGCUCUCUUGGCUCGGUACGUAACUCAGCUGAGAGUCUUAAACACUUCUUCGUAUGAUUGCAAGUUAAUGAUAAGGGGUCUUGAAUUCAAGGUGUUCUGAGGCAAUAUUGAUAUGACUUGCCUGUAAAUGUUGCAUCCUCUUACAACCCUUUAAAGGCAGCAACUGAUUUAAAGAAGGACGCCGUAGACACAUAGAAGAAGGGAAAGAACAAAACCCAAUGAUUUAAUUUUCAUUUUAUAGAGGGUAGCACAAGGUUUAUACGUGACGCGUGGUCAAUAACGGUAAUAGGACCGGGUGGAGUCCAAUUAAAAAUGGUAACAGGACUUCGAGUCGUCCAAAUCGGUCUGAAAUCAUACUCGUGAUUAACAAAUCUGACUCCCGCUUCGCGGUCGUUCAUUUUAGUUAAUCAUUCGUAUGAUUACGGAAUGAAUUGGAAUGCACUUGGUCAUAUUACUACUAUUAAUCAAAACUAUAACAAAAUUUGAGAAAGAAACUAGAAAUUGGUAAUACGUUUUUACCAAAAUAUUAACAGCAUUUAACUCGGCAAAAUGCGCAACAGCAGCACGCGCGCAUGACGCGCGCUGUUUACUAACCCAGGCAUGACUUGUCAACUUUCCUAUUACAUUGUCCAAUUACAAGCAUAUGACACAUGCACUUCCCUAUUAAUAAUGGUAAUAGGACUGAGUGGAGUCCAAUUCGGUCGGUAAUCAUACGAGAGAUUAACAAAAUCGGACGACCGCAAAGCGAGAGUCCGAUUUAUUCAUCACGAGCACGAUUACUGACAGAAUUGGACGACAAGAAAUCCUGUUACCAAUAACCAUUUCAAUUUCCGAAAAAACAAAUACACCUAGAACAAAUAUCUCUAGUGGAGACAAUGUCUUUAGUUAAAUAUUCCUCCAUUUUGGAAAUUGCCUUGUUUUUCUUUGGAUAAGUAAUUGUUGCUAUGGUUAUUGUGAUCAAUUCUGUGCUUGGUGGAUUUAGCUGAGUGGACCUAGUGUGAUUGGCUACUUCAACUGUCCGAUUAAGGGUGUCCGAUUACAGCCAACUGUCCGAUUAUACUGUCCGAUUAUACUGUCCGAUUACAACUGUACAAAAUGAUUAGUAAAAAAUGAAGUACCCGAUGCACCAAUCAUAUUUGAGGAAAUUGUAAUAGUUAUGAUUAAAGCUCAAAUCGGGCCGGUGAUAACCAAUCACGUUCGAGAAUUUCUUAUUGUUUGGAUUACGCCCAAAAUUAAUACGUGACACGUAAUUUUUACAGAAAGGCAAGGUAAGUCAAGAUUUGAAGUUUUCCCCCCUGAAUCCGUGACGCGUGAAAAACUAUUUAAAACACACGUGACGCGUUAAUUUUUUGAAAAUUCGUGCGUGAAACGGAAUCAGGACCCUCCUUCCCACGUCCUCCUUUACUACCCUCAGCAUAUAACUGUAUUAAUAUUAAUAGGCCGAGAAGGCUGUGUAAAGCCGGAUUCAUCUCGAACUGUUUAUUUACUUACUCACGGCCGAUGUAAUUGCGUCAGUUUCGUUGCAAUGACACCCCUGACGCGCACCAGUCUAGAAGACUAGAAACAAGUCAGCAGACCACGCUGCAUGUCUGUUGUAUGUCUUUGUUGGUGGCUACCAGGCCAACUUAAAGCAUCCUUCAAACACACCCAACGCAAUGCCUAACACUGAUUACACCAGCGCUCCUUUUCUAGAUCACCUUUAUUUGUACCCUACAAUUUUUUGUGAGUACAGAGUGGUACUCAAGUUUGAAAGCAAUUUCAACCUUUUUUUAAUGAAAGUUAAAAUAACUUUUAUCCAAAAUACAUGUAAGCUGCAUGAUGAGAAAGUGCUUUCUAUUGAUCAGAUACGAGAGAUAACCUGACUCUCUUUGAGUGGAGAGACCAUGUACAAAGUAAAACAAACCAGGAAGUUAAUUGUAGGACAAAAGAAACUUUUAGAACGAUUUUUUUUCGAUACUUUGAACACCCACGACUUUCGUUUUAGAUCAUUAACAAACAUCUCUUUGUAUUCGAGUUUCAAAUAUGAUCUUUAGAUUUGCACAACAAUAACUCCAUUUUGGUCGUUGCUAAUUUAGGUUAACCUUUCUCCCUUGGGACUAUAGGUUCACAUUUUGCCUGCCUCAAACAAUAGCUAAGAGUGUUCUUGCACGUCUCUGAGUUAUUUAGGUUUAUUUUGGUUGUACAACUUGCACAGUCUCAUUCCAACAGUCUCGAAUGCAUAUCCUCUUAAGGACUGAAUUUUGUCUGAGGAGAAGACAUGAUUUCGUGAUAACACAGCUCUGUCGUGAGGUUGCCUGUGUUUUCAGCUCCUCUUCUUAGUUCAAGUGAGUUAAUGCAUUAUAUGCGUAUAUCAUAUUCAACACAGAGUUUGUCUAUCUGUUAGAAAACGUUUAAAAGACGACUCACUUGUCUUGUAAAUUUAUUGGAGUAGCACUAAAGUGUUUUUCUCUGUCUUGUGUCCACUUUUUCUUAGUAUUUGGCAUUAGUUACUGAGUGACACAAUGUUUUUUCUGCGAAUAUCACUCUCAGAUGUGCUGCUCCUGGAAGUAAAAAUCUUCUCUAGUUCUUAGUUUUCUCUAAUAUCAACUUAAUUUGUCAAGUUAUAAUUUUAAACAUUCGUAAAUAUCAGUGCCUUUUUUGUAUUCUAUUAAAAGGAUUUGCACUUGAAUUGUCUGCUAAAAAUAGCUCUAACAAAGUACAAAGACUGUGUCUUCCAUUAGAGAGUUUGUAAUUAGUACAAGUUUUGUGUAUGAUGAUCACAAAUAACCGUGUCGAAAAAGUUUGCGUUUCUUGACAGUUGCUCCGUCUCGCUCCGAUAACUCUUUCUCUCACAUUAGUUGCGCAAGAAAAUUAGUAAUUACGGGCGCGAGACGUUUGAUUAUAGAAUUUAUCUCCUUAUACCAAAGCUAUUGUAUUGUUAAAUCUUAAUGUAUUGUGCUUGUCUUAUCAAGUCAAUCCGUGGUCUGUGCGCAGGCUCCGAGAGAAGCAGUCUACUUAUACAGCUCAGAAUGCUCUCAGUUGUUCUGCAGCUAAACUUUAAUGUGGGACAAAUCAGAUCUUUGUUAUUGCUUACGGAUUUAACACUGCAAUGCAAUACUUUUAUUUUGCUGCCGUCAGUUUUUAUGACUGGUAAGAUACGUAUGGUAUCACCGACAUGUAGAUCUUUAAACGUUGUUUAAACUAUUAAUCUUGUUUAGUUUCCCAUAUCACAGUCGUGUCAUUAACAAACUCUUGUUAGUAGAGCUUAUUAAUUGAUCAAUAAUUGAAUUAUGUUGACAUAUGUUCCUAUCUUGUUUGACAGGGAUUUCUAUCGAUGAUUUGUACCUAGCUCCAGAGCACUCCAACAACUUUGCGUCCGAAAAGGUAUGGAAUGUCAGAACCAUGAAGCGUCAGAACUAUGAAAAAACUAGACAACUGCACGGUCUGUUAAGUUUAAAGCGCUGUUUCACUCAAAAGCCAUCAAGGUUUUUACGGAAAGACCAAACUCACUGUAGCCAAUACAGAGACUUGUUUGUAUUUGAUAGAAGCAUACCUCAACAUUUAUUCUGGUCUUUCAAGACUAAACUUUAGAUCCGUCAAGUCUUUCAGGAAUACCGUUUGAGACAAAUUUUUAUUUAUGGUUUGGGUUCUUAGGGUUUAAUUGUUAAUAUUGUGUUCGGUGAACGAAGAUAGAUAUGUCUUUUAACUAGAUAGAGAGCAAAUUGUUCUGGUGGAGGACACAGAGUUUAGCGUUGCUUUCAUUCUGGUAACAGCAAAUUUCUGUGGACAAAUUUGACAGUGCCUUCGAGGCAAAAUUAAUUUGGACGCCUAUUCAUUUACUAAAAGGUCAUUCGAGAGGGAUUUUUGGCAACUAUCAGAUACAUAUUUACCUAACCAGCGUGCAGUAGUUAACGAGCUAGACCUCGUGUGAACAAAACUUUCGAAGGAAAAACUUGUCUUGCCAGUGAGUAGUUGUAGAGUUAAAACAGUGUCACAGUCAGGAGGUUUCUCAUCCGAUUCAAAGGUGAUUUAGUGCGAUCUUCAUUCGGCCAUCGUCAUAUAACAGUUAUUUCAUUAUCCGGCUGUAUCUUCUUCAUCAGAUAUCUUCCAAGGUAAGUAAGGUGAAAAAAACUUUGAGUAGUCUUUCUCGAAAGUAGCAAACAAAUGCUCUGUUUUUGGCCUGUUAACCGAAUUUGGAAGAGUAUGUCAACUGAGGACAUAAACUUGCGCAUCAAUAGCACUUGUCUUUUGUUUUCUUCCUUUAAUGUUGCCUGCAUGUCUAAACUGAGGUGUUUGGUUGUGCUCGCUUCGACAAUUUUUUUCUUUCUUUUCGUGAUUUACAGGAAUAUUGUAUAAAUUAAAUUUCUUUCGUAUUUUCAAACGAAUGCAGCGAAAUCACACAAUUUUGCUGAAUUUGGUACACAAGGUAUUGUUGAAGUCGAGCAAUCUUAAAGACUCACGUCCGGAGCGUUCGUGGCUUUUAAAUUACACUUGCAUGUCUAGACAAAUCAUUUUCGCUCUCUAAUCCUUGGUAUCUGACUCUUCUUUAAUAAAUAUUCCUUCAAUGUUUCUGAAUAGACAGAAAACGAUAAGGUUACAUCAGCUUCCGUGAUUUCAAUUUUCCUUUGCCUUCCAGUUCGUUUGAAUUUCCCUUUAAGUUUUGUCUAACUGAACUAUCAGUUAUUAAACACAGCUGAAGUGCAGGUCCGGUUUAAUCAGAGCGUAUCGCCUAUGGCUGAUUAUUAUAGCAGUUAGUCGUCCUCAUCAAAUGCGAUUACCUUUAAAGGAAAGAAUAUGAUAUGCAACACUGAAAGACAUGUAAAAUUUAUGAUACAAUGAGCUAUUUUCUGCUGCCAUCUUGCCCGAUGUCUGUACAGUAUGCACAAGGUUUGUACAGAACUUUGGCUAUAAGGAAUAACCAGUAAUUGACCUUGCAGAUAUUCAAAACGCCUGGAAAAGCUUUCAAUAACUGAUUUCUAGAAAAACUUUGUCAAGUUUCUAGGCUUAUGAAAGCUGCUAUUUGAUUCAGAAAAUUAUGUUUGGCGUCACCUUGGACUUCAAAAUGUGGCGAAGGAAAUGCGGUUUGACACACAUUCAUUAAACUCAAAGGCGUAUAUUGCAAAUGAUCAUACUAAUGACUCAUUUUUUUUUAUGCUCAAGGUAUGGGUUAUCUUUGUUAGUUUUUUUUUAAGAGCACUCAAGCCCUCUUUCCUCUCAUCAAUUGUGAUUCAGUACAUUUAAAUGUAAGUCCAUGGUAAUAAUUCAAUAAGGCAGUUUUUUUUUAGGUUUGGUUACGUUGAAUAACCAAAAGAUAAAAAUUGCGAGCAACUUAGUGAUGAAGACAUAGACUUUUUCUUUGUAACUACAAAAAAAUCGUUUCAUCGGUAAAAAGUUCUAACAAUAUUCAAAAAUUAUUUUAAACUCUCAACGUUUCGGCCAAGAUUUCUAGUCUUUAUCAGGGAAAGCUGAUAUAGAAAUUGAACAAAAAGCACGAAUAAAAUAGAGAAACGCAAGUUUGAACAAUUGUUAUAAUUAAGUCUUGUCCUGUAGCUCUAAACUGAAAUAAUCGUGUGGCAAGUGGAUGCCAUCGUGUCGACUGAGCGGAUUCCUUCAAAUGUUUAUCUCUCGUGCUUCCAGAAGGCGUCUGGACCGCCAAUUUCUUUUGUCUUGAAAUCUCUUUAACGAUGCGAAUCAGUGACAUGCACAUAAUUGUUAAUCGCGGCUAUUUCCAUAAUAAUUUUAGGGUUGAGUAUGUUGAAAAACUUCUGACGUUCUGAAAUUGUAGGUUUUUUAAUCUCUGCGAUAUAUAUCUGUGAUCUUCUUAAAAUGGCAUGGACUUUGUAACAUGCUUUGUAACUGGCCUUGCUUACAUGCAUGGUUUCACUCAAGCCAGUAAGGUUCUCUUGGCGUGUUGAAGUAAGCAGUCGAUGUACAAACUGAACUAGAUGGAUGCUUUUCAAAGAAAUUAAAUCUUCUUUUGCAGCUUAACUUGUUUAGAAAAAGGGGUUUGGUUCAGUGUACUCAUCUUCAGUGCGUUGACGGAUCAUGGCUUUCUACUCUGACGUUACUGUCUGCCUUGCAAGCGAGUGAAUGACGUCAUCGAGGCACGAAACCAUUACACCUAUUGUCUGCGAAUACUGCGGAAUUCAUACUUCGUUAAUACACAACAUAACAGUACUCCAUGAUGUCACAGUAGCUAUUUGUAAAAAAUAUUACCUUAUUCUUAGGUUCAGCUCAAGUUUUACCUCGCGGUGCCGACUUGUGCAAUGUCGACUAGCCUUGUUCUAAUUUGCUUUUUCACCUGAAUAUUUCGGCUCAGUAGCCAAUCAGAUGGCUAGAAUUCUUUUGCGAUUCGGUAAGAAAACUUUAGUUAUUGAAACCAUGAUCUUAUUGUCCAAAUUCACGCCGAACUUUUGUGUAGAUACCUUUAAACCCGUUUUUUUGAGUCUAUGAAUUUUCCUCAUGAUAUUACUAUGCUUUCUUCAUCAACUAAAGGGGGUGGAGAGGGAAGGGGAAUGAGGGGUUCUAGAUUUCCAUUAUGCAGAUGCCAGACAACUGUUUACCCGGUAUUUACCUUUGAUGGCGAAAAAGGAGCGGGUUUCAGUCCAUCUCUGCAUACCUGAGUUCACGUUUCUAGCUUUUAUUUGGAUCUAUUUCCCAUGUGCUUUAGAAUUAAUGACCGAUCUUUUGUUCCAGUAGAUCGCGCAUUAAAUUAUCAAUUUCUUUGUUCAUUGAAAAGGAUUAUAGUGCGGUCAAACAAUAGACAAGCAUUUGCGAACACAAAGAAAGCCCAGCAGGCCUUAGGUAACAGUACUUAACAUUCAAAACUAAAGAAACUCGAGCGUCUGAAAAGGACUCCUUCUAAUAUCUUCUAUUACGAAAAAAAGCUGAGGAUGUGCGCUCGAGCUCGACAUGAUUUAUCGUGAAUCACAGGUUUAAACUUCUGAAAGUCCUGGACCUCUUUCUUUGCGCAAGAAAACAAAUCAAUUUACAACUAUCGCGAAGUUUAAUUUGUUUGUCGUUUGACAAGCUUGCAUACCGUGGUUUUGGAGUUUGAAAUGUUUCAAGGCGAUUUUCAGCAAGCUUGAACUCUUUUGAAGGUUCUUCGUUAGAUUAACAGCUUGUUUGGUAAGUUGACGACAAUCUUUUCUCCUUAAUUCGUCUGUUUUUACCACGAAACAGGACUGACUUGUCUUCAAGCUCUAUGUGAUGUAAUCUUAUCAAUCUCAAAUGAAGUUUUAGUAUCUGUUACCGACUUGUUGACGUUGUAAACAUGAUGUUUGUUUGGAGAGAAGUCAAGAAAUCUUAACGGUACUCAGCCAUUUCACAGUUUCGUUUUUUUCAAUGGGUAUGUGUUGAUAGAUCGAGGUUUGUUUAUAAUGCGGUUUCUUGUAUUCAAAAUUGAGCUUAAGGAUCACAUCACGACUUCAUGUCCACUGGGACAUACGUUGCCUUCGACUUCUUUGACUAAAUAUGAAUAUAUUUAACUACGAGCCCCAAAAGUGAUCUUGGACGCGUGACUAUCGUAAGCAUUUUACAUGAAAUACUUCUUGCUACACGACAUCUGUGAUAGCUUUCUAAACCGGUCACUUUAAAUAUGCCUGUGACCUUUCGUAUGUCCAUCAGUGAUUUUAUGCACAAUAAUAAGUGUUGCGUUCCCUUAAACAGUGUUUGGAGUUCUUGAACUUUCCUCUUUUAUUUGCCAUUUGUUUUGUUUAUUAACUUGUUUAUAUUUUACUUCGAACCACUUCCGUUCUCCUCUCACGGCGAAAUGACAAAACACUCCAUAAAGAAUUCUUAAAGUGUUAAUCAGAACGAAAGUGGUUUGAUUGCGGCUCUCUUGGUUUUCCGGUACUUGAACAGGAUCAAAUGAGAGAGGAACCGUGGCUGUUAUCUUCUUUAGUUAAGUCUUUGAGAAAAUUUUCCAUCAUAGGAUAUGUUUAAUAUGAGUAAAAGGAUGUUCUGAAGUAUGUUUUGGGUUCCAUGUUGUAAUUUCGUGUCGGUACGGUUAAUGAAUUAAUAUUCGCACUAAAACAGUUAAGCGUUAUUAACUUGUUGAGAUAUUGUCCAUCCUAAGAAACAAUAAAGUUUCUCUGAUGAGCGCUUUCAACCUGGCUCGGGAUACAGAAAUUGGUUGCAUAAUUUUAUUCAAUUCAUUAGAAAUAGGCAAACAAAAGAGUUGAUUUUGAUUUUCAAGACCAAAUUUUUCUAGACACCUCUCUCUGAAAAUUCGUAGGAUUGUUACAAUUUGUGAGAUUUUUUCAGUUAAAAAAUUAAGGUUUGAAGUUGCCUCGCAAUAUUUUAACGACCUUCAGGCACAACUAGGCAAUCAUUUGCCUAAGUAGAAAAAAUGGGAAACGUUACUGAUUUAAAGCAAGUACAGUUUACAUUCACUGAGUCUUAAGUCUUGAUCGCGCAUGCGUAUUUUUUGCCUUUGAGUAGUUGCUUAAAAAUAAGACUGAUGGCUUAAGAAGGUGUAGAGACAUGUAGGCACUUUAAAUAUACGCGACACGCCAUCACUGAUAUAAUUUACCCCGACUGCUAUAUGUAACGCCUUCCUACGAAAUGAAAUGAAAAUAUGCUAAAGCUUAACUAUGCUACACUUGAACGGACACAAAAUAAGAAUUACAUUAAGUAACCUAAGGGCGAAGAUGGCAUCUGCUCCGUAGGCGGAAAAAACAAAAUAGAUAUUCUAUCUUUUUUUUCAGACAUGCAUUUUCAGCCUGGCUGCCACAUUGUGGUCAGCGGCUGACUGGCGGUUGACAGAGGCAGAAAAGCCGUUUUUAAGUUCAAAAUUCCAAGAGCUGCUGGUAUCCAUGACAGACGAUGCCCCGGAUGCUAGACCGUGCUUAUACGAUGUACUACAAGUAAGUUGAAAGCUUCGCUGUGUCCCGACCGUUGUGGUCACCGUUGUGGAGAGUGGAAACAAGUUCUUGCCACUGACUUUGCAUAAAAAGUUGCAAAUUUGGCGAUCUGUGCUCAGCGUUCUGUGGCAAGCUCUAAAAUUGUUAUUACUUACUGUCUAUGAUCUUAUAGAGCCUUUUUCGAUUGACUAUCGUAAAAACAAAACCAAAGCAACCACCAUGGCCAAUCAGAAGGAUAGGAAAGUACCUUUCAGAGAUCACGAGAUCUCAAAGUAAGAAAACGACCAAACUGUCUAAAGUCUCGGAAAACGCGGGCGACAAAGUCGUGAUUGGUUUUAGUUUUACACCAUGAUUGGUUGAUAGAGUGGCGCGAGUUUUCUGAACCAAUCACAGAGCGAAGUAAAUGAAGUAAUGCAAUCCAGGAUUACAAUCAACACACAAUUGAAAAUUGCUCGAGAGUGAGGUAUAUAUUUGCUCACAAUUGUUUGAAUUGGAAGAAAACAAUCUUUUUUUUCUUUUUUUUAUGUGGCGAAUGGAGUAAAUAAACCAGCUAAAUUGCAAGGCUGGCAUAACGCUAAAGGACAAUUUUUUCAUUACGUCUAAUUGAUACCUGAAAUGAGUUGAAAGAUUUAAGGGUGAACUGGUAAAGAUGGGGACAAAUUUGUUUGACUGCAGGGGCCGAAUUCGCACAGGUGGUAGGGGGAGGGGUAGGGGCUGACAUCAGUCAGAUCAAAGUUGUGGGUUGAUUGAACUGACGGUCAAUCCAACUUAAGAACAGGCUGGUGUUCUGGGGACAUGUUACUGACAGAAAGAAAAAAACACAAUUGUUGAAGAGGGGUUAAUUUGAUUGGCGUUUAGUAAAAAAAAAUGUUGUCCAAACUUCCGGAUCUAAGAGCACGAAAACUUUAUUGCUAAGAAGUUAAGGAAUUGCAAUGGGAAUAGUUUUGAAUUCAGGCCAAAUUCCAUUGUGCUCUCGUGUCAGUGUUUUUAGACUUUUAUUUAAUCUUUCAUCCUCGCUUUCUUUCCAGACAUGCGAGUCUUUACAGAUCGAAAAUGAUAUGACGUCACGGGAGAGAUGUCAGGCUUUGCUAUGGGAAUACCAAGCUUCUGCAGCCAUGGACAGCGAUGACGUAAGUCACUUCACUCAGAAUGUUGUGAGACUCCUUAAAAAGCUGUGAGGGAGAUGGGUCCUCACACAAUUUCCUGCAACUUGGCUAUUCGGAAAGCUGCAAACUCUAAAAUAUCAACAAUAGGAUCAGUGCCGUGAAAAAAGAAAAAAAAAAUCCCAACAAUUUGGAAAAUGGCGGUUAUUAAUAGGAAUAAUAAUGAUGAUCAUUAUUUCGCUAUUCUUAAUCCUUAUUCGGUUUCAAAUUUGGACUUUUUAAAUACUAACUAUUGACAGCAAGUUAACUUAGCUGCAAAUUAAUCAUCAUUCGUUGUUCACAGUUGCUACGAAAACAAUCGGUAAAAAGCACUUGAAGAGUCAGUCACACGAAGCCAUUUGAUUAACUUAUGAGCCCAGCCGAGUUAGUCGCGUUUAAGGCCCGAGACUUGAGGGCUUUGUGAGAUCGACAACAACAACAUCUUAGCUGUUUUUGUGUGUUUGGAAAUAUCAUGUUAAGCACUUACUAAACUACAUGAAUUUUCCUGUUAGUGGGUAAAUACGCAUGAAAAGCAAUUAAAAUGUCUGGAGCGUAUAAUUUGGAUCGCUUCUUUCACGACUUAAUUCCUUCUACUAUUCAUUCGUUCCUUUGUUUUUCUGACGUCGGGCCCUUUUUAUUAGAGAUUAAAAGUCCAUUUCAUGUAUGACCUUGCCAAUACUUUUGGCCGCCUGUGUUUAAAUUAUGUUGACCGCAUACUUUAAGAUGGAAAUCCGUGAGUCCUCAGCUCCGUUUGCAUGCCGUUUUGGUCAGAUGCAGUCCCAGAGAGAUGUACAUAACAUACGGUAUAAGAUUCGCCUUUGAGAUGUCACGAAUGCAAAAGUUGGAGUGUGCUGCAAAUUACUUUCUAUGGAGAGUUAAGCUGUUGAGAGCGAUUAUUGAAAUCAAACAUAUACUUUGAUAUUGUGACAUUCGAGAUUGAGCGAUGAUCACUAAGCGAAGAGCUCUUUUCAUAAACUAGGAAAUGGAAUGUAAAUAUUUGUGUUUCUCAAGUGCUAAUUAACGAUUGAUAUGAUAAUCAAGCUAAUAGCUUCAGCCCGGAGUUACGGCUCACUUGUGUGAUCACGAUAGAUUGUACAAGCCACUGUCUAUACUUGACUCACGCGAUGACACAGUCAAAGCUUAUUGCACCCGUGACAACUGUGCGCACUUCAAAACAGUGUUAUGAUCGGCUUUAUCACAUUUUGGACUAUCAGCUUCGCUUUGUAAGUACCUCGACCUUACACUCAAUUGAUACUUCGCAAACAUCACUAAAAAUUACUGCUCAUUCGUACGCAUAACAUGUUUUUGAAAUAGUGUCAUGCUGAGUUUAUUUUACUUCUGAGAAUACUGUAGGACCUGUAUUGUUCAAUGAUUACUACCGUAUAACAGUUUAUUCGAGUAAAAUUUGUGUCCUCUCGAUAUACUGUGCAUCUUCUCGGCGACUUCAAACUGACUGGCGUUUGGAUAUUUACUUUUACUUUCCAGUUUUCUGUGAUAUAAAUUUAAUUCUUAAAAUGCCAUCGUUGUUCGCAGUAUUACUAGCUAAACGGAUAUAUCUUUUUACGGUAGCCUUUUUUUCAUUGGAGUUUUUAAAGUAGACGCAACUUGAAUCUCGCAUUUCCUCGAACAAAAAUUGAUUCUCCACUGAAAUUUACCCCCUAAAUAACUCGAAUCCUCGAUAACUUGAUAUGACUUCUCACCCCUCAGGUCCGCUUUUUCUCAACAAUAUUACAUUCAAUAACUCGAACCCUUUUGGAUACAAAUUUAGCUCAGGUAUUAGACAGAGUCACUGUUGCUAACUGUUGUUUUCCCCAAUUAUACAAAUAGCUUGUUAUGGAUUACUAAGGUGUUAUAAAAAUCAGUUCAUCUUAAAUUGUUUGUUACGACAAAACUUACGAGUGGAGUUAUCUCUCUACAACUCGCACCACUAAGGAAAAUGAGGUCCAAGGUAUUGAGGGUUCGAGAUAUUAUACGAUUGUAAGAUGUGAUUGAAACUUUGGGAAAAUAAUGUUUUCCUUUAUUGUUCAAUUACUCGGCAAUUACUCUGUUGAAUCACGUUGAACUCGAAGAUGGAGUUAAAAACCGUGCGUUUUUCUUUUUCAAAACACAACAACAGGUCUGAAAAGAAUACUAUAUUUCCUCUUUGAAAGAAAUUUAAUGUUUGUGUUUCACUCAGUUGUAGCCAUAAGCAUAUAUGACGAUAUGAAGCGACAGUUUACAAGUUAUCCUUGCACUGAUUUCCCCCUUGUUCUCUGUCACUGUUGUUGUUUUUUUUUUUUUGUAUUUGUUCUCAAUAUUAUGUCCACCAUACAAUUUCAGAAAAAUUCAACACGGCCAUUUUGUAAAGAUCCGAAACUAGGUAGCCGUUUUUUAGACGUGAAUGGCAGCCGGAAAAUGGAAGUGCGUCACUAAUUUUAAGUCCGGUUGCCGUGCGCCUCUAAAAAAACGUCGUGCGUAAGUUCCUUACUUACGAUUCCUGCCGUUUGCUCUUAGAGUUCGAAACUUUUUCUCACGCCACUAUCUGCUAGCAUGUCAUUCGAUCAUCCUCAUUUAUCACCCACUUCAGAAGAAGUAUUUAUACGAAUUCAACCAUUUGUACGAAACCACCAAGUUCAUAGGGGAACAUAAUUACCCAGCCGAAUACGGAACUUUUCAAACAUCCUCUUUAACGAGGAUAAUUUAAAACCGCCACCUUGCGUUUUAAUGUGGACGGAGAACGCUUUGAACACGAAAUUUUUCGGAUACGCUGAUUUCACUAUUCCGAAGGCUUUGAAUGGGAUCAUUUGAGCACCGUUCUCCAAUGAUAUAUUUAAGCGAUUCUGCGGCGCAAUUGAUCGUUAGAGUCUGGCGGAAAAACAUUUUGUUCUCUUUCCUGUUUGGAAGGAAAAAAUUGUUGCAUUUUCACUGAGGAAACGUUGUGUUAACGGGGCCUAAGGGCGUACGGUUAUUGUUGAUAUUACAUCCUCGCGGCAGUUAAUCAUUUGCAUAACAUUGUGUUCUUUCGUGCGAGAGUUUUGACAAAUGAUCAUCUAGUUAUCCAUGAUGCGUCGCUAAGGGUUUCCGGUGGAGGGCAGUUCAAAAGCUUACGAGAUUCUGCGGUAAAAUAGUUUGUUCUUGAAAUUUAAACUCCCUUCCUACGACUCCACGAUUUGUUCUUUCUCCAGACCACUAAGAGGAAGACAGUGGAAGGAGAAAAGAAGCAUCAUGACACACUGAUGGGAUCCAUCUCUGUGGCCGCUUCAUUCAAAGGCUUUCUCAAACAAGUGAGUAACUUUGAUCUUCGAUCCCUGAUAGUAACCCUUGCUUUAGAGGAAUCAUAUAACACAGCUGGUCAGAGCCAGAGACUCAACUUAACCUUCAGUUAGAAGAUCUAGUGUGUCUUUUCUUAGUAAAAUUACAGCCACAAAGCAAACAAGGAUGACCUGGUUUGCGAUCUUUAUAAUUGACACUUAGGGUUACAUACAUAUUUACUCCCUCGAUGGUCAGUUUUAGCCCUUUGCGACCCUUUGGCGUUUUAUCCUGCAAUAACUAUCCUAGCUGAAUAGGUUUAGUGAAAAAAUGACGAUAUUUUGGGUUGUUUUACGUGGGACUCUCACCUACUGAGAAACUAAAUGAAAUAGAUUCAUUAUUCAACCCCUGCGAGAAUUUCACUGAGUAUCCUUUAUUGUUUUGACGCUAAGAACAAAUAAAACAGGUGAUAAACCAUGCAAGCUCUUAGGCUGGAAACAGUGGGUGACCAUUUCUGAAUAACUUCCAGAAUAAGAAUACUCUGACCUCAUUUGUUUGGGAAACUUUUCCUUUCCUCUCAAAAUGUUAUAAAACAUACGAUGGAGGAAGAACAUUUUUAUGUCAUAUUGUUGUUUGAUGUCAACAAAUCUUUCAGUUAUGUUUGUUUAAUUUUACAAUCCCCGGACCUUUUUCGCGUAAUUGUGGCUUAAAUUCAAAUGAGCUUACAUGUCAAAACAUCUUCAGAUUUUUGAUGAAGACAUCCUGUUCCAUGCAAGUGACUAAGUACAAGGUGUAAAAGUUAUGAUAUAUUUCUGGCAAAAUGAGGUUUCAGUUUUUUUGGAUGUUAUCAUUUUACGAAUGCUAUGGAAGAGUGAAGUUUCUGAAAUGAUUUCGAGUGGGUUUUGAGCUAUACGUUUGAGUUUGUCGGCCAGAAGGUAAGCUUGUCGUGUUAGCUUUAGAUGAAAUGUCGUCUUGGAAAUUCAUCGCUUUGGGUAGGAGUUAUCAUCCGGUUAUGGAAUGUUUCGAAAUGACUAAAUAAGUCUAAUAUUUGCCUCAGCAAAUGAACUUUUCCUUCGUAUAUCUUAUCUAUUUAGACGGGAAGAAACGAUGAUACGAUCUAAUGUUUUUCAAAAUAAGAGUUUUCUUGGCGAUGUAUUGUUGACCGCUUGUUUGAUUAAAAAGUGUAUGCAAAGAUAGCUAGCGAUUUAAGAUGAGGUUUACAGAAGUUUAUCUGAUUAAGUCGCUUUGUAUCCACCAUAAUUUCUUUGAAGAACAAUUUUCUGACACCUGUAAGGAUCUUCAUGGUCAAUAUAUUUGCUCAAGGAUGGUUCCUUUUUUCAUAACCUAAAAGUCAUAUCGCUGAAGAAAGCUGUAUGUUCUUGCUGUUCACCCUUCAAUAAACACAAUAUUUUUAUUUCAAGUGGAUACAUUUAGUGAUGGGAAUCUGUUUUUUUUUUUUUUUUUUUUUUUUUUUUGUCAGACAACAAAACCGCAAGAACGAAAUCCUUUUGUAAAGACUCAAAAUAAUGGAGAAUCGUUCCGUAACCUCGAUGGCGGAAAUUCUGGAGAUAAAAGAAACGAAACAAUUCCUAAACCAGAAGAAAUGAAAGCGGAAAAAACUGAAGUCAUUGUAAACUCACAAAUGUCAGAAGCCACCUCCAGUAACUCAUUGAACAGCGAAAAGGAUCGACUUGUGUCUGAUUCAUUAAACGACAGGUCGUCAGACACUGGUGAUGACAUCAGUGAUCAGGAUCGCACGAGAGACCGAAAGCGAGGCCAUUCCUUGACAGAAGACGAAAAACAACAACUCUUGUCUCUUUUAGCAUCAACAAAGUUAAACAAAGGCCCAUUUUAUACCGGAGAAAACGAUAAAAAAAGUGACGAAAUAAUUAAGUCUGUGGAGGAUCAGUCCACCAAGCCACCGUCACCUUCCUUAUUUACUUAUCCACACUACGGCCAAACUGAGAGUCAGAUGAUGUUCAACCCUAUCAUACCCGCCGGUCGUUCUGCUUCUCCGAGCGUACACUCUGAUGUAAGCGAAAAUCAGAUUCCUUCCGUACCCACUCCUACCUUUGUACCCAUCGCUGUCCCUAUUCCCAGCGUAGCUCCUGUACCAAUGCCCCCUUACUGGUACGUGCCUCAGGGAGGGAUGAUGUCCUUUCCUCACCCAGCGAUGUCCCCGGUGCCUUUUCAUCCAGUUGACUCUUCAGUAACUUCCAAUCAGUCAGCGGUGUCAACAGAUAGUGACGUCAGCAACUUGUCUGACGUGGAUCCUCGACCAAAGAACAAAAACUGCGCCACACCAAAGUCUGAUAAAUCCGAAGGUUUAAAGGCAGAUACACAAAAGAAUAACAAGGGAUGUAAACAAAACAAACAAGACAACAAGGCAUCCAAACUUCCUCGUCCCAUCUGGCAGAGGCCUGUUCCCAAGAGCAGGACAACCUCAGAGGAACUGGAAUCAAACACCAAAGUUGUUCGACGAAGGGUACCGUUUAACGAUGAAUUCAAUGAGGGUAGUGAGGGGACGAAACCAGUGCGUGCAAGAACUCCAUCUCCAUCCCUUGGGAGACGAGCGGCUCCUCAGGAAGUCAAUCCUCCUCGCUCCCAAACGCCUCCAGUGUAUUGGACAAGAGAUGGAGUGGACAUGUCACCCCGUAAUAAACCUCGAGCACGAGCAUCAACAGGCUCUUUCUCAAACCGUCCCCCAAGUCCGUCUAGCUUACUGGAUGGACGUAGGAGGUCAAGUUCAGCUACUCUAGGAUCAAUAACAAACAGUCCAGUGCAAGGACGUAAGAAUCAAGGAAGCAGGCCAUCUAGUCCCGCCGGAUCGCGAUCUAAUAGUCCCGUUUCAAUGCUUGUGUCGAAAUUUGAGCAAAUGUCUCAGGAGUCUGCAGAUAGCUCUCCGCGCGUUCGCUCAAACUCCGUGACGUCCAUGAUUUCAAGGUUUGGUUCCUCGUCCUUAGUGCCUGAGGAUCGUCUUGCCAAAGGGCAGUUUAAGCCACACAAUUCUACAACACCCAAGCAGCCAGCUUCGAAGACUGGUCCUUUUCGUCCGUCGUCGGUUCGUAGCAAAGUUCACUCUGCCUCAGAUAUUGAAACGUCAAUUCUGCGAUCGGAUAAUUCUAUUUUAUCACAAGAAACGGGCAAGGGAAGCGACGCAUCAAAGGACGAGUCAUCAACCCGUCACCCUGGCAACCCACGUGAAGUACAGCGUAGUGGGUCAGACCCAGGCUCUACCGACAGCCGAGAACGUCGCGUCUCAUCUUCUCACUGUAUGCUCCAGGAAGAGAAAGAAUCAACUUCAGAAAAAUGUCAUGAUUCAAGGACAAGGCUAUUGGAAAACAUUAGAAGAUGGACGUCUCAGGAGAAUAUUUUAAGAGACUGCAGUUCAUCUGAGGCUCUGGAAGACAACGCUCAAGAACGUUUAGCAUCUGGUCUCUCUCUAUUUAGCGAUUAUUGUACUAAAAGAGAUCAAGGUGAUCAAAAAGGCAAUCCUAAGGCACGGCUUCAAGGAAGUUCCUCUGGGAAAUCGAAGUCAUCCACUUAUUCUGGGAGAUCGUCAUCCAGUAAUGAUAUCAGGAAUGACUAUAUUAUCAAAUCAGGCAACGUAACGCACAAUUUAUCAAAACCCUGGCAGGACAAAGACAGUUCUUUAAACGGGAUUUCCAUAAAAUCGUCUUUAGAUUCAGAGCCUGUGCGCGAGAAAGGUUCCCCACGAUUAAGACCGAGGGACCUUUGUUUAUCACCAGAGAGAGACUCUUCUAUCCCAUUUUGCGAUGUCAAGAGUCCUAACGAUCUCCUCUGGUCUCCAAGAUCUGAUACUCAUCAGUUUGAGAUCCCUGUGGACUUGGCAAUUUUAGACGCCACAACCCCCAUCGUUUCCAGUCCACCAGCUUCUGUGGGUGGACUCGAUUGGAUGUAUGGUGGAGUAGAUGGAAAUGUUAUUUCUCCUCCUUUUCCUCUUAGUCCAGGAUCAUUGAAGGAUUUCAAGCCAUCAAAUUAUUUCACAAGUGUUACGUUCAAAUGUGGAGAGAUGGAACCAGAGAGAGAUACAAACUGUAUUCUUAACAGACCAUCUCGUGACACAACAGAAUAUGUCAGCUCUGAUUGCGUCUCUAACAGGAGAGACCCAACAGGCAAUUAUGUGAGGAGAUUCGAAAGAAAAAUUCUUCGCAGUACUGGUGAUUUGGAGACUGAGGUAUUUGCAUCUAAUUCGACCUCAGUUCAAAAGAGUUGUUAUCCAACGGAAAAUUCUAGCUUCAAAAAGGAAAUAAACGAUAAUCCACGCCCUAUUCCAAAAAACUCACCACUUCCUUCGAAAUCAGAAAACUCGUCAAUUAUCGCACAUGUAAAUGGGAAUCCUAAAACUCCAAGAACGAGAUCAAGAAUCGAUCAGGUUGUGAGAUCGAGACAUCCAUCCGGUGACUGUCCCCCUGGAAAAGAUAUAACCGCUGUUUCGAAGAAUCCUUCCUCACCAAUGACUCUUAAGAAAAUCAUGUCGAAUCCUAUAUCUCAAGACGCAAGUGCACCGCAACGUAGGAUUUCAACGUCGAAACGAAAUUCAUUGCCCACCUCACAACCAAUCAACCUUUCACCAGGCCGCGAUCGUUCGAGCCCGGUGGAAAACCGCACAAUCACGAAGAGCUCAUCGCAUACUAAUUUAUCACAAAAACAGCAGAAGGUCUUCAAAAGUUCUCCGCAAAAUAAUCCAUCGGUGCGUCAAUCAUCAGGAGAUUUGUCAAAGAGUUCCCCCAAAGAAGGAAAUCUUGGUAAAAGCAGUCCUUAUUCUAAACCAAUGCCGUCAAAUAAUCCUAGCCCAAAUGUGGAAGAGAGCAAGAGUAGAGGUUCUUCAACAACUGCAAAACCUGGGAAUCCAAGCCCAUCAAAAGAAAGACAUGGUGCAAAGGGAUACUCUUCGAACCCCCACGCCAAAGCCAGUAGAACUGUUAACUCCACAGCCACUUCUACUGAUCCGUCAGAAUCAAACCCAGUUAGGUACCCAUAUACGAGAAGAGGGAGCUUGCCUGCAGGGGGCAGUUCUACCAUCAAACCUUCUCCAAAAACGACCAGCAAUCCUACUUCUCCACUUCAUGCAAAGCCACCAAAAGCGCAAAUUGAGUUCUUUGGUGCUGCAGGAGCAGACAACCCACAUGGCGGGAUUAAUCCUCGAGAUUCAAACAGAAGACACGAAAAUUUAAAAGACACUCACCAAAACCCAGGGCCAAGAAGUCAGAGUGACUUCGAAGGCAAUGCUGAUUCCUCUAAAGCUCCAUCUCAAUGUGCAAAGUCAUCCUCAACAUCUGGAUUCUCUUCUCAUGAGCUCGCUUCAGAACAAAGCUCUAACUCGAUGGGUAAAACUGAAGAAUCGGAAGUAUUUUAUAUACCUCGCUCGGAUGAAACUCUCCUUAAAAGUGACACACCAUCGGGUAAAAGCAGUAAGCGAUUUCCAAGUAACUCGUCAUCUGACAGUGGAUUAAACUUGUCUGAUCCCGACGAGUCACGAGGAAGCAUCGGAAAAGGCAAAAAAAAUUAUAGGGCAAAGUCACCUCCUUCGUCCCCAACUACACUCUCUCCUUCCCAUUCACCCUCUCCGACAUCUCCGAAGUUUCCUAUAGGACACAAUAUUUUUUAUGAUCCAAAAGAUCACAAACCUCCUCUGCCUUCAUCAGAGGAAGGACCGCUGAGUGUUUCACAAAACGAUCCGACGACGUUGGCUUUUCUAUCUAACAGUAUUCAACAGGAAAAUGUCUCUAAUCCCCUCAAGGCUUCGGUAGGAAAGUCCAAGGAAUCUCCGAACAAACCGACGCGAAGUGAUAAUGAUAACUUCAAACAUCCUAAAAGUGACAUGUCGAAAAUAACGGAUGGAAGUUCUCCAAACUCUGAUGAGAAAACUAACGUUCAUUCUGAAAAACCAAAGGAAGGAUCUGCUGCCGCGAAACUUGCAACCGAUGGUAGAAUGAUGAAGUCCACCGCAAAAGAGUUUGAGUUGGCCUCCACACCACCUCCAGACAUUUUGGGAAGACCUGCUAGUAAAAGCCCUCCAUCUUCGUCAAGAGUUGAUUCUAAAGAGCUGCUAGGUCAACUGGUUAAGAAAGUGCUAAACUCAGCUGCUGCUAAGCAAGGGUCCUCUCCAAACACCUCAUUCGCUGAAUCAGCGGCAAAAGAAAGUGGCAAAGGAAAGAGGGUCACUUUGACUAAUGAGACAACAGAAGCUAAACAAAAAGAGAAAAUAGGUAGUCAAGGGAAAAAUCCAACGUUAAAUAGCUCUAAGCAUAAGUCAGGGCUGUCUGAUACUGAAAAAGCUUCCAAGAUAAAGGAAACAGGACUUAUGAAUUCGAGUGAAACUUCAACGCGAAAUCCAGACGAAAUCAUACCUACAGGAACACUGCGAUCGUAUCUUGGCACCUUAAGUGAAACACCGAUUUCCCCCAAUAAUGCUUCAAUACUUGAGAGUUCUUCGCGCAAGGUACGUCAACCAUCUGCCAUCGAUUGCAGUUAUUGUAAAUUCUAGCAUGUAAAUUAUAGAAUUAUACAGUUUCAACAAUACCCCUGUUCUUUAACGUUGACACACCAGCUACAAUUCCUAAUUGGCGCCAUUCCGAAGCCUUUUCGGGUGAGGAGGUAUAGUACCAUUUCCAUUGGACUGAAGGUUUAAUUGGCCCCACACAUUCAAACGCCCUUGCCGUUAAAACACGAAACCCUGUAUCUGUCCAAGAUUAGCAGCGAACUUCUCUCGUAAGUGUCUGCCCUCACAUGCGCAUGUAUCUACCAAAUAUUUAAAUUCGCAGUACACGUGGAAACAGCUCUGUCAAGCCAUCACAAAAAUCUUAAAUCGUUGUAUUUGAACUGUUUCAUCAACAGGAACAAUCGUUACCAGGUGCAAAGGGUGUACUCUCUACGAUCAUCGACAUGAUACACGACGAAUUUGCGUUUGAUGGCUACUUGGACGAUGGAGUCGAAGAUGUCAACAUGGGUGAGUAACUGAAAAAUCUUUUGGCGUUUCAGUGUCUGUUACGUUGUGAAGUGUUAAUUAUCUUUUUUUCUUGUAAUGGGGUGUGACCUAAGGUUAAUUUCCCGUUAUAUGUAAAAGGAAGGAAGGGAAUUAAGAUAUUUCAAGAGGUAAAUUAAUAUUUCCGGUUUUUAAAACGAUCUUUCUUGUUCUGGCGUAAAGAACUUGUACUUUUAUGAAGCUAUUAAGAGCUGUCCCUUUUUUAGCCCUAACAUAGAUGAACCCCUCCAAUUAAUGUUAAAACGUUCACGUUGAGUUGAUUAUGGUUGUUUUAAACAAUUUGAAGACAUAAAACCUUCCACCUCAUAAAAUGCAAUGCAUUUCCAAGCGCCUAGUGUUUGUUUUUCGCUCUUUUGUAUUCACUUAGCCUACGUCAUCUUUAGUCAUAAAGAGAAGACCAUUAACCGUGUUUCUAAAAAAGUGAUCAAUACAAUCGUACUAUUUGUUUUCUGGGAAUCUAUCCUUACGUGAGGGUAUCUAGUUGAGGCUGUUUUGAGGGAACUUACAUUGAAUCGUCAAUAGACUCUGUCCUCACUUUGCGCCAGUCUAAAUUCGGAACGCGUUAUUCACCUCACAUUUUCUGUUAAUUAACGCCCUCCUCGGCGAAUGCUUGUAAGCUAGUUUACAAUAAAACUGCCAAUUAGCACCAAAUGGGCCCUAAGUCAAGGAAUAAAAAGACAUUCAAUUAACUCGGGCACGUACCAACAAAUUUCUUGUUUGAAAAGAAUUUUCAACGAGGACUUUUUAAUGAAAGAGAACAUAUCCGUGAACUUAUGGCCGAAAGGACCUACAGGUAUUGUCACCAAGAAGAGCAAAGUGUAAGAAUCCUUUUUUCGAACGACACAAAAUCAACUGUUGUCCAUAUAUGUAAAACAUUUUCAGGUGUAGGCGAACUUGCCUUUGCAUUUUAUCAAUUUUUACGUUUUGGGGCUAAAUGAAGGCCAUUGAAUUUUUGGAGAGCCAUGGUAACAGCUUAUCUGUUGUCGAGCUAAUGCUAACUACUGCCAAUCUUCUUAUCAAAUAGCACAAAAAAUUUGUCUGUUCAACCGAGCAUCGUCCCCAGAGACUCUUAACUCAGAAAAUUAAUUACCGUCACAAUGACGAAUUCAACGUUUGUCGUAAAUAUUGUUUUACAAUCUGGAACUAGGUGACACUCAAUUGAAACGUCGGGAGAACAUAAAAUAUUUUAGGCAAUAUUGAGAGUUACCACACAUUUGUGCAGUGGUUAACAAACAAGCACUUGUUUCUUGUUUUCUUCUGCUUUUCGAUUACAUUUGGUUUGCGCCAUAGUUCUUUUCAUAUAUAAUACUAUAAUACCACAUAUUAUAGUGUCUUUUUAUGCAAAGACUCCUAGUUUCAACUUGAUUUGUUCUUGGCAUAAUGUCCAACAGGACACAAUCAAAAAUGGCGACGAUAGUCGAUGGUAAUACCAGAUAAACAUUAUACCGGGCAAUAUGUUAUCGAUAAGAUUUACCUGUGAUUUAACAGGAAGUUUAAGUGCGUUUAUUUGACCUUGUCUCUUCAUUUGCAGCUGAGUACGUUUUAUCUUUGGCUGGAAUGAGCGAGGAAAACUUUAAAGAGGCCAUUACGGAUCAGUACAGUGACUUGUACUGGGAUGAAGACCUUUUACACGAAAUGUACGAGGCGGUCACCGAGGGACAACAGACUAGAAGGUUGGAAAAUCUUAAUUUAAUUAUGUGCGGCCUUAAUGAAGCAUUUUCUAAGGUUGAGUGGCAAAGCCUGCCUCGUGUAAUCACUAACAUACCGAACUGCAAGCUUCCAUAAGAAUGUGGCGCGGACGUCCUGUUAGUGGCUGUGAUCUUGUUUUACAAUGAAAUGCAUGUAACAAAACCAGUAAAAACAGAACUUAUAUCUAUCUUUACUAAUUAUAAUCCUUUUCCAUCGCAUAUCAAAACUUGUCCUGAGCCCAUAAAAGAGUUUGUCUUCUGAAGAGAAAGGCCAAGUCCGUAUACUUUCUCUAUAGGAACCCGUAUCUCAAAAUACAGAAACACAGCUUCGAUAAAACCUAAUCCACAUAAUACUAAGCGAUCAAACUAUGCUUAAGCAGGUGUUUUAAACAGCUGUCACUCCAAGGUGGUAAUUUUGAAAGCUCAAUUAUGUGAAAGAUCGCUGCCCGUGGUCAUCGUUUCUCGCCAGCCUGUGAGCGAGAACAGUUUUCGUUUUUUUUUUUUUAUUAAAACAAUCCCUUGUAGCUAAAAUGGAUGGAUGUGGGAUGGCGUUACAACGCAUAAGUAGAGUUUUAUUAAGUUAUUCAUUUGAUUCGGUGAACUCCUUGCUGUACUCUCGGUAGUCUGACAUGAAAAGGUGUGCUAUGGAAAUAAGAGUUGGUCAGCGGUGCUUACAGCAAUAUGACGUCACUGGUUUAUGUAGUUUUACUAAAGAGCGCCAUAAUCAUAGCAGGGGUUUUAUGACGCUUUGUUCUUUCUUUCAAAAACUAGGUCCACGUUGCAGUUUUCAGAGAGCACUGUCAGUGAUAUCAGCCCUCCUGAGUCCAUCAGUCUGUCACGUGAAGAAUCUUACCUCAGUUUAGAACCUCUGUAUUUCAACUCCAUCUCCAGAAGCAGCAGUGAGAGGAGUGGGACUGGAGCAAGGGACAUCCUCAUAUCUCCAAUGGGGGAAGCUACCGAAUUUUUACCCAUUAAAGUUAUUGCCCCUGAAAUGCAAGCUGACAUCCAGGAAUUAUUGACGCCAAUUUUUGAGGAUUAUCAUAGAGUUAUGGUGAGAGACUGUGACUGCAAUUUUUAUGUUCAUUGAACGUAGCAUUUUUCUCUCAAUAUUAGAAGGCUCAAUUGGAAUUCGCACUCGUACUAAAAUAACACAAUUCCGAUCAAUGGGAGUCUUUCUGAAUGUAAUCAUCGAAUGAACUAGCUUGAUGUGCCCCAAUAAAUAAUUCAUCGAUCUUCCAAAUACCAGUUUUCUUUGGUUGUAACGAUGAGGGGAGAAUAAUUGAAGCUGAAGGCUAGGAUUGUCAGUGUUCUCCAUUCUCCACAUUUGUAGCCAUCGUAGGCCAUAAUGACGGAGAAACCUCUGAAUUACUUUCUAUGAAAGGUGCCAGCUUUACUCAAGCAAUCAUGACUGUUUUAAAGUUUAAGUCUCGUUAAAAAAUAGAUUCUGUAUUGCCGUGCGUUUGUUUUUAUUACAUUUUGACCAGGCUCACGGCAACAACGAAUCUAUUUGUUUAAUUUAAUAGAAAAAAAAACCAAAUGUUGUUAAUGGUGAAGUCAUCUAUGCGCCUGUCCUCCAAUAGACCAUUAUUAAGAACCAAUCAAAACGCGAGCUUGAUUCAGCCCAUCAUAUAAUGUCGUUUGGGUAUACAGUUUAAAAGAAAUUUGUAAAUAACCGUUGUCUUGCUAAGCACAGUCUCAUAAAGUUAAACGUUUGGUGAUUUUUUUCAAUCAGGGAGUGAAGCUGAUAUCGAGCGUGGAAGGGCUUACAGAAAAAUUAGGCACGAAAAUUGUGGUAAGACAUAAAAAGUAACAUACAAGAUAAUCAAUUCAAGAAGUAAGCAUAAUUUCUUCAGCCAAUUAACUUGAUCAGAUUUUUCAUCAAGAAUAAAUAAAUACACUAAAUAUCUCGCAGGAAAUCUCUCAGCAGUUGAUGUUGGAACGAAGAGCCAAGAAAAAGAGCAUGAACUCUUACAACAAGAUGGCGGAAGUAGAGAACAAAAAAGGUCCGUUUCACUCUUUACACCCUAGCAUCAGUAUGCAUAUUCUCCAUACUGUUCUCUAUACAUUUCUUAAGGUGCUGACAAGGAGAAUUUGUUUAAUAAUCAAUAACUUCUUAAGUUGGUGAUCAUUUUCAUUAUUCUCAUGACCUUAAUGCUUGAUUCAGGUGUGAUAUUGUAGGAAGAAAUUAGCUGCUGGUCACUCUUAAGGGUCAAAGGGUUAAACUUCACACUAGCCUUAAAGCUCGUUCCAACCAUCGCUGGGGUGCUUCACGCAAAUUUUUUUUUCUAUUUUUAUAGACAGUGAACACAAUUAAAACGUUCUACGAGCAAUUCACCCUCCCGUAGUGCUUCUAUGUAUAUAUAAAUAGCUUAAUGAAGUGUUAAUGGGUGUAUCCUUUUUCAGAUGUGAAAGAUCUCGCGUCUAAACUAGUGAAUGAAAUCGAGGAGAGCGAUAAGAAGAUUAUAUACUUGAAAAACGUUCAACGACAGUUGAGGGUGAGUGUGCAGCGUAUGUUUGCAGUAGAAUCUCAAAUUGGUCGCCGAGACCAGAUGCUUUGAGCAGAAAAUAGGAUGAGUUUCUUUUCAAAAAGGAAACAUCUUGUUAACUCCUUAUACAAAUGUUUAUUUUCCGCAGAAUGUGUACGCUGAACGCUUUGGGCUUGACACCUCUUUGCUGUAUUCUUUUCUUGUCAGGUAAACUGCAGUCAUUCUCGUAUCAAGGUUUUCAAUCAAUCAUGUUAAUCAACGUCAGUUGAAGUCAUCGCACCUACCCCUCCCCCAGCCCAACAACAGUCAAUCGCUAACAUGUUAAAGUUAAUGUUGGGUUAGGUGAGGGGUACAUGCGCAGUUACUCAGAUACUGAUAUUAAUCCGUCUCUUUGUUUUUGUAGUUACAACACGUCCUGCGUGACGUUGGUAUCGGAGUUGAACAACAGCUUUUUAAACUUUUCCCCGAUUUGGAAUCAGAGGGGAAGCGAAAGUGUAGAGAUUCUGGACGAAUCCCUCAGUGGACCAUCGCUUCAAUCAGGCACCAAACUGGGUCUAUUCUCUUACCUCUUUGACAGGUUAAUUCAACUGAAUUAAGUCCGAUUACCCCUCUCCCCGUCACUUUUUUUCUUGACACGUUACCGCACAAAUAAAUGAAGAUAACACCCUUAAACCAGAAAGAAAGUUUGUCCCCUCGUAGUUUUAGUGAACGUUAGAUUCAAACGCAGUUUGAGUAGUAGGCGCACAGAUAACGUGAUGAAUGAUUUAGAACAGCACCAACGAUUAAUAUUUUUCCUCGUGCGUCUCUGCCUACUCUGGUGCUACCGAGUCCGCUUACCCUUUUUUUUUGAGGGCUGCUUAAAUGCAGUGCGACUUUAUAACGGCUAACCUUUUGCCAUCUCUUCGCAUCAUCUUAGUAUUGGCUCACUGUAAGCCUCUCCGGCAAAACUUCUUUAUUCUUUGAACUACAGUUAGACCUCGUACUAAUGAAAUCAUUUUGUUUCCGUAUUUCAGACAUGCUAUGAGUCAGGCGUAUGUGCGAUAUUUUCUGUACACAUUUCGUUACAUUGCUACUGCACAAGAACUAUUCAGCUUCAUCAGAGAAAAGUGUUCAGCGUCACUCAGGUAAGAGAGUUGAAAUAUUGAAGACCUAACGAAGUAAUUCAAACUUUGCCACUUAAGUGAUUUGAAGAAAAAGUUUGCGCGAAGUUUUUGUUUGAAAGGAAGUUUGGAAUAGAAAAUUGUCGGAAAGGCUGCACGAAAGAAGCCUUUCGUUAACAUUCUUGAGUUAGGCAAGGUUUGCAAAGUAACAAUUCGGGUUAGCCAAUAGCCAAUCAGCCGGCACUCUUUCUCUCGCUGUUAAUCAUCCUCUCACAUCACAGAGGAAGUCGUGGUCACAUGCAACAACGUAUCAGGACUGGCCACCAAAACGGCGGGAAACAAAAUCCUAGAGUCAGUCAGGCUUACGAGUGUUACCUCUGCUUUUCUCUUCAGAACGGACUCUUCAGGUCAAGUGUACAACCAUCAGCUGCAAAUUCGAUACCGUGGCUUGGACUUACUGUCUGAAUGGAUAGACGGCUUUUAUCAGUUUGAUUUCAAAACGAAUCCCAACCUCAUAAAGGAGCUGCUUGCCUUUGUUAAGGACGAGGUAAGAUCAUUCAAUAUUCCUUUGAUUAUUUAUAUGAAUCUUCCUUCCCUCCUUCCUUCCUUACUUCAUCAUUUUUCACUCAUCUUCAUUUUUACUUUAUUCCAGUUAAUCCUCGUGGACAGAAGUGAAAGAGGUCAUUACUUGAUGGAGCUAAUUUCAGAGAAACAAAAGAGAGAUUUGAAUAACAAUUUAUCAUCAGACGAACCUAGUGAUUUCGUGGCAGUACUUCAGCUUGAAGAACCUCAAGGUACGGGAACAUCUGAGACUGCUCUUUUAAAUAGUUUGCGAAGGAAUAUGAGGGAUUUAAAGAAAGCUUAUGUGAGAUUUGUUCUUAUUGUGCUGCAGGUCUAAGCCCUGUGGAUGUGCUGAGAAAGGUGCGUACAAUUUCCAGACUAUCUUUUCAUUCUUGUAUUUACAAUCAAACGGUCAAGGUCCACGCAAAAAAUUGAAAAUAAAUGCUUGAUGAGAUGCCCUCAUCAACGGUUUGAUUGUCGCCUUGCUUUAGAGAACAUAUUCUUAAAACAAUUUCAUUAACAGAGGAGGCAGUUUUCAAUUGCUAUGCUAUCCGAUUUAGUUAGCCACCUCGCCUCAAGCAUUCAUCCAAUAGAUUGGCUGUAGUUGUGAUUCCCUUGGUUUUGAUUUUAACUGAGACACUCAAUUGAAAUUGAAUUCAAACUGAAUUGAUUGAUACUUUCAUAGAAACGAGGGAAGUUUGGUUCCUACGUGGGAGUGUCAUUUGGAAGUCCUUUAUAGAGCAUGCGCAACCAAAUUUAACGACUUAUCUCUUUUUUUUUUCUGUAGCCAUUGGGUAGCCGCAAAGCUAAAUCUCCAGUUCAGUGCUUCAGAAGAGCCCCACCUGAGAAGGACACCACAUACAAAGCAACUCUGUACCUCAAGGCUCUUUCCAUAUUAGACCACUCUUCUCGAAUCCUCGCAGAGCAGCUCACACUGAUACAGCAGGUAAACCUCUCCCAGAUUCUAAUCCCGGAUUUAGCUCCCUCCGUUCUGGACUUCUCCUCUCCUAGCUUUCAGUUUUCUUCUGCAGUUUUUUAGCAUGUAUCUCUUUGGAUAACCUGAUGUGCGUUGCUACAACACGCAUGCACCUCGUGUGAAAAGUAAAUAAGACAAAAUUUGCGUCUGUGGCGCAGCAUGUCUUCUAUCUUUCCCAAAACAAAACAAAGGGACUUUGAUUGGACGAUUUGCUCCUUUACUUAACUUCCUCUUUUACUCAACAGCAUGUUUCGAUGAUGCUGCCUCCAAAUCGCACUCGGUUUGUCCCCUCACCUCUUUAAAGUCAUGGAUGUCCUGAUUAAUAUAACUUUUUUUUUCUUUUUACAGGAUUUGUUUUUCCAUAUUCACCCAGUGCAUUUCUUAAACUCGCGUGCGCACGGUAUCGGUGUUGGUAGGCAUCAAUCUCCUACCAAAGAACGCGAUAACAUGUUUGGCUUUAGCACCGGAAGUCGACGUGCCUCAGAGAUGUCAAGUUUGGGGGAAGGGCUCGUUUCUCGAGAACAAAAUAUGUACGCUCAUGAACCCAGUACAGAUGGCCUACUAGAGGACCUCUUGGAGCACGCGCACGAUGUGUCCUUGUGGGUGGCAGUGGAGAUAUGUAGUGCGUCCUCCAUAAAGGUAGCAUGAAUUGUUUUGUGACUUGAGUUGUCUCUAGUUAUUUAAAAGUGAGCAACCUCUUAGCACGGGUGUUGUGAAUGUCAUGUCGCAUGUUAAAAUCUCUCAUAAGGUAAAGCUCCCGUGAAAAGUGUAAUGAUUUUUGCCCAAGGUAUAUAAUACAACCAUCCCAUCCUCUUGUGUCGAGAGGGAUAGAACGCCUGUUUAACUCUAUAAAAAAAUACAUACAUAAACGUACGUGGUGUAAGGAGCGCGAAUUCAGCUGAAGGGGAAGGGAAGGGGAGGGCGUUGUUGUCCCCACUACAAUGUACGUUUGGUUAAUUCGAGCAACGAGUCAUUUUGUUGAUCGUAACCUAGAAUGGCAUGAUAACUUACAACUGCACUUUCCUAUUGCAGGCUCAACUCGCCCUGAUAACUAAAUUCGUGAAUGCAGCUCGGUACUGUUGUGAGAUUCGUAACUACAGUACCUGUAUUCAGAUCGUCGACGCUCUGGAGAUGUUUGUGAUCCGUCAGUUACCGGUAAGUUAGUUACUCGUAGUUAGUAAGUCUUUCAGAAUUUUAAACAGCUGAUUCAACCCGAGUACUCAAUAUUAAUUUCACACGAACUUUUUUUUCCAAUUUUUGUGGCCCCAGAACACAUUUAUCCCCACGGGAAAAUCAGAUUUUCUUUGACCUCUCGAGAAAGAGAUGUUUCACAUCUUUAUUCAUUUUGGACGUGUUCCCUUCUCGUUUAGGUCUGGAGACAAGUCCCGACAAAGACGACUGAGACACUCGAAGAACUCAAGGCUGUUAAGGUGGGUAAAACGUAAGACUCACUGAAAAGCGUGUUUCAUUGAGUGUUUCAGAACCAGAAGGACAUAACAAGCUAUGUACUCUAUUUCAGGUUUUGUUGAAGACAGAUAGCUCUUGGUUAAUGAAGAGUGAAGCGUCACGUGAGAAGCCCACAAUUCCUUGCUUCCUUUUGUUCGUAAUUCACGUGCAACAGCAGGAACUGGGAGGGUUUACUUUACCAAACGACAUGUACAAAUGGACUAAAAUGAGGUAAUCAUUUUCCUUUGAUAAAAGAAAUUUAUUUAUAAGCGGCAAUCCACUAGUAUCGUGGGCUUGGUUUAAACUAAUUGACAAGCGAGCCUCUGGCUCAGAUAUGGUUGUCGAGCGACAUGUUAACAUAAAUAAAUUGGUUGGUUCAUCAGGAAAUAUUCUUUUAGAGCAGUUUUCAAUUGAGCAUCGAAAGCAAUCGAAGAUUGCAUUGAUUUUGCUUUACUUUGAUUUGUGAUUGGUCCAGAGUACUCGCUCCACUCUCAACCAAUCAGGUGCAAAACUAUCUCGACUUGGUCGCCCGCGUUUUCCCGCGCUUUAGGCAAUUUAAAUGUUUUUACUUUGAGUUUUCAUUGGCUCUAAAGGUAUUUUCCGUUCGGCUGAUUGAUUGUCUUUAUUUUGAUUUAUUUUUGGUUUUACGAUACUCGAUCAAGAAAGCUCUCUUGAGGACGUUCUUUCCGCUACAAAAUCACUCAUUUAUUUUUUUGAAUUGCAGGUCAACUGCCCGAUUAGUGGACCAGAUUCGAUUAUUCAAACAGAUGCGUUACGCCUUCCAAACCAAUGAUGAAGUGAAAGAGAGACUCAAACAGCGUAUACAGGAGUGUAAAAGUGAAAACCUUCAUGCCCUUGCUUCUGAAAACGCCAGCAACUUUCACCUAUCCUCCUCGCAAGGUUCCAGAAAAUUCCACGAUGCCUUUAGGAAGAUGAAAGCUACCUUUGGUGGUCAUAACUGAAGAUGUCUUCAACACAGUCAUCUAGCUGUCACGAUUAGGUGUCUUACAUAUCAGGCGUUAUUUUUUUUCGUGGGCUAGUUCUGAAAAAUCACAACAGCCUCCGAAUUUGAUGACUGAGAGG